AUGACUGUUGAACGGCGGAAUAUGGCAAAGAAAACAGCGUCAGAGAAGGCUGAUAAAAUAGAAAAACCUGAUAAAGGAAGUACUUCUGGCGAUAAAGGAGCAGGAGAUAAAACGCCGGUGGAAAAUGAAGAACAAUCCGUCGAACUUGGUAAGUAUUCUGAUCCGUGAUCCUGGUCCAGUUUGGUCAGGAGAUAGGUUUUCUUUCGCACAUAACGCAGACAUAAAUCGAAGCUUACUAUUGCUUACUGUCAUCCGAACUGUUAACCGCUGCUUAUAGUUUGUAAGUUUUCAUAAGUUUUUAAAAGUUUGUAAGGUUGUGCUUGCAGACUGUCUUCUUGUUUUUUCGGUAAACAGAACAGUCUUUGAGGACGCCGGUAAAUUAUUCCCAGCACUUAGAAAUCUAUAUGAAAGGUCAGCCGAAAUAUCGUUGAGGAAAUAGCAUAUAUUUCCUUCGCUGUUAUGUUUCCGUAACUGCAUGUAUGGUACCAUCAAGGUAUCUUUACCCGAACGUCUUAUGAAUGUCAUAAUAGACAAUGUCUACUUACAAUUUUUCCGUGUGAUCAUAUUCCGUAUUUCGCUGUCUUUUAACGAGACGUCCGACAUUAAAAACAAUUUUAACACAUGUGAAUGACAUCUUUGACACUUUCUUUAUUGAAAAUGGUGCGUUUCAUUUUCUGUUUUAAAAGACAAUUGACUUUUUCGUUAUUGAUUUUCUUCGAUUGUUGAAAGGCGCUAAUCAUCUUAUUGACUUCAUUUCUUGUUCCUUGUCAACUUUGUUGACUAACUCCUCGAAAGGAAGAAAGGUAUUUUUGUUUUACAUGGUAAAUCGUUGAAGAUUUCGGUAGCUAAGGACACGUAUUCUGCUGUGGAGUGCAGUUUGAUGGCUGUUGAAUUUCUUGUGUGAGAUCACAAUGUUUGCUACGUUACGCUCCGUUACACGAAUGAAGCGCGCGCUGAAGAAGGCUGACCGAAGCGGUGGUGGUCGGCUUUCGAUUGCCAUUGAAAUUGAAGAAGAAGAGGAAGAUUACUUGAGCACGUUUAUGUGGUAUGGAGGUAAUUAUGCAUUUCGACAAUGAGUGUACAUUUCGCGCGUGUAGAAAUAUGUAUAUCACGCGAAUCGAAUGUUUCUGACAGUAUCCUAUAAGUUAGUCGAUAUUUGACAUCUCUGCAUGCAACAUGCUUGUAGUUAAGUGUACCCAAAGGAUUAAACUGAGACGUAGGUGUAUUAUGCUGCUGAGGAUAUUGAUGAGGCUCAAUUUGUUGACAAUAUGUGGAUUUUGGCAGAUGCAAUGUAUAGUCCUUUCCUUCAAUAUUUUUCUGUCUACAGUAUAGGAACAGGUAAGAAAAAUAACUUCCCGGCGCAUUUUUCAGUUGAGUGUACCCAAAGGAUUAAACUGAGACGUAGGUGUAUUAUGCUGCUGAGGAUAUUGAUGAGGCUCAGUUUGUUGACAAAAUGUGAUUUUGGCGGAUUCAAUGUGUAUUCCAUUCCCUCAAUAUUUUCUGUCGACAGUGUACGUAAGACCAGGCUAGAGAGAUAGCUUCCCUGCGCAUUUUCCACUUUAUUAGUUGAAAAUGUAAUUUAUUUGGUGGUCCAAGUAAUUUCAAUGACAAGUUUUAAGUUUCAAGAAUUAAAUUAAAGAUGCAAGUUGAAGGGAAUUGUUUUCUUACUGAAAAACAUAAAGUUGUCAGAUACUUCACAUCAAACACUUAAUAUAUGCUGUCAGUGUAGUUUUACAAAUUAUGAUUUCACCUAAGCUCAGAAAUUUGAAAUAGAAGUGUGAAGGAAAGAGGCAGUCAUAGGGACACUAUGUAUAUUUACACAUAGCAUGUUUGUGGAACAAAGUAAACAGAACUGUGGUCUGAAAUCAAACAGUUGAAAUCUGUCUCCAUUUCUCAUCUUGGUCUGUAAAAUGGGCUCUUCGUUAUUUAGUCAUAAGUUGUUGAAGAGAAAACUACAUAUAAAUAUGCAAAACAAGAACAAAGCAAGACAAAAAAACUUCAGUUUAAUAGCUGGAGACAGUUUUCCUGUUAACAUUGUAUUCUAGAAUGAAUUUCAGGUUGGAAUAUUUUAAAACUGCAGUCAUUAUUUAGUUGUUACCUAGGAGAAUUGGUACAAACCAACAAACUGUUGGGGCCGGAGAGACCUCCAUGAAAUGCUAAGGGUAAACCUAUAAUGGAGCAGUUGAUGUCUAGGUGGUUAAAAAAUCUCACUCUUUGGCAGCCAAUCAACAAACAAGAUUUCUGUCUUAUUCCUAUAUGUGGAUACUAAAGUAAAUUAUACUAUACUGUAGAAGUUUCUGAAACUAGAAAAUUCAGUUUUCAGGUAUGCACUCAAUCCACAUCGCCUUUAAAAGUUUAGUUAGAGGGACUUUUCUGUUAGAUGUUGAGAAUUUUUCAGUCCUAAUGAAAAAGAAAAAGAAAUAAAAAUGAUAUUUGUCUAACUUAUCCUUUUAUGGCAGGUAAUUUAGUGUUAAUAACUGAUCAUGAGUUGAAAACGUAAAUUAGCCACCAUAAAGGAUAAAGAAGCUGAUGUUUCGAGAGUUAGUCCUUCAUCAGAGUGGUGGCGAAGGGCUAACACUUGAAACAUCAGCUUUUUACUCUUUACAGUGGCUAAUUUACAUUUUCAACUCAGUUGUUAACACUAAAUUACCUGCUAUACUCUCCCACCGAUGCAGCACCACAGUUUCUGUAGAAACUUCCCCCUUUAUUCAUUUAUCCUUUUAUGGAUUGAUGUAAAUAAAGUAUGAUAAGUAAGUUAGUUAAUACUUUUUCUUGGUUCCAUAUGCAGAAGUGGAGACUAUUUCUCAUGGACCAAAAGUAUUUAAGUUCUAUGUUAACAAUCUUUUCUUGUGGAAAUUCUAUCACAGGAUUCAAAUACCUAGUUAAUAGCAGAUAUCAAUUUUUUUUUUGCCCUUCAGAUAAGUUGUUUUGGAAUAUCUAAAUUAAUCCUUUGGCCAAACCUUUAACACAAAGAAAAUAUGUUUUAUGUAAAUUUGCUAUUUUUGUCAAGUUGUAAAUAGUCAGAAGACAGAUUGAAUGGGUAACACCUUUGAUUAUUGUGUUGGUAAUAAUGAAUAUUUAAAAACCUUUUUUGUUGUUUAGUUAUAAUUGGUUAGCAGACUCCAUUCAGAUAUCAUAAUUAUGGUGCACAGAUGCCUGUGCUGUUGUUGUGAUUUCAUAAAGAAUGACAAAAAUGAGUCUGUUUAAAGUUAUGGUGUUUUUCUAGGAAAAGCUACUGUAAUUGAAAUGUUUUUAGGCAAGUCAUUCUUUCUUUGUUAUUCUUUUUGUCAUAAGAACAACAUUUUGAAUGUAUUUAAUCCUGAAUUUCUAAUUAUUUUAUUGUGAAUGAGGUUUUCAAAUUGACCAAUGAGAAUUAACAGUUAUUGACUGUUUUUUUGUUUGUUGGUAACAAAAAUUUACAUUUGUAUGCACAAACCCAUGUUUGUGACACAGAGUAACAUGAUGUUUCAAAAAAAAUGAGAGAUUUACUCAUAAGGAGGAAAACAGUUCAGUGAAGAAAUCUGCAUGCAAUAUCAAUAUAACUUACAAGUGUUUUUGAUGGAGGUCAUAGCAGAAGUUCCUGACCAAGAAUGCUCUAUCUCAUCAGAAAAUGGUGAUUUUUGUUUUAUACAAAUUUGCUUGUUGAUUGAAAUAAUUAUGCACUUUUACAUGACAAUCUUGGUCUUUGCAUGCAAACAAUUACUCAAGUAUAUCUUUUCGGCAGCUAAUAUAAAUCAAGAAAAUUAAUUACUGAUAAGUGAAAAGCAUUGUUUACUGUUGGUUCAGUUGAAUGGCUUAACAUUUGAUCCUUAAACCAACAGCUUGAUAUUUAUUCUAAUAGUUAUUGAAAUUAUAUUGUGUUAGCCAUGAAUGUUGUACAGAAAGUCAAUUAUGUGGUCUUAACAAUAAUACUCUUGCUAGUAAUUAAAAGUUGUGAAUUUCAAGUUAUAGCUGGCACUACUGCACUGUUUUUGUUUCCCUGAGUGAUCAUACCUGGUGAUCGGCUAAAAGAUGUCCCAAUACAUACAAUUCCAAACUCAGUAGUCAAGUUCUUAUGUUGUACAAAAGUUCUGCUUUGUUCAUUGCUCUAACAGGCAAGUCUGUGAAACUGUCAGUUUUAAUUUUGGCUCCCAGGUAAAACAAAUUAGUUACCAGUACUGUUUAUCCUAGCUUAUAAAAAAUAUACAAAAUAUCACAACCAAGUGAAUGGAAGUACUUAUUCAUUAACUAGGUUAUCAAGGAACAAAGACCAUUUUAUUCUCACAGCUAAAUUUGAGUGAGGGAUUUUUUAAAUAGAUGUUUUCAUGACAUGAGAUCGUCAAGGACUAGCACCAUAAGAGUUCAUGUUACAGGUAGAGUGCUGUUAUAAGAACUUUGAUAAACAGCUUCAUGUGUUGCUCAGUUUUAGUAAUGCCAUGCAAUUCAACUAAACAGCCAGCCUUGUGUUAUCGAUCAGGAUUCAGACAAUGUCUUGUUACCUGACCUUUGAAAUAUUUUUAAUCACCCUAUGUAGUUGUGAUAGAGGGUGAAACAACUUUAGUUUUAUGCCAUACACUUAAGUUGUUAGUACUACCAGUUUAGUAGUAGUCUUGAAAAUCUCUUGUAGUGAACAGCCUAAUAUAAAUCUAUGAACAACCAACAAUUUUGCUCAACACUUAACUUGUGUGAUUACCCAGUCAGUAAUGCCAUUUAUUUCUCUUUAAAUACAUUUGUCAGUGUAUCAGUACAGGUGAAAGUGGUUUACAAUCAUAUUCAAGGCUAUAAUAUUAAUACCUCUAAAACCAAGUUUGAGAUCUGUACCGAAAGUUAUGGACCAAGUUUUUCCUGCUCAAAUUCAUGGCCAGAGUACAAUUAUUGUGCAGGCCAUAAAUCCAAGUAGGAAAAACAAUAUUUAUUACAUCUGUUGGUGUAAAUAGAGGGGGAAUAUUUCAAGUUGAACAAGUUUUUGAAUUGAACAGGCCUUAUAGCAAAAUAUACCGACUAAAUUAACCAAUUACAGCUCACAUGCAGGGAGAGAUUUACUAAAGAUAAACAUUAGCUCAGCAUCACUGACCAAAUUUUAUUCACUUUUGUUGGUUGAGCUAAAUUAAUGUAAUGAGGCUAAUAAGUUACACUUAAUGGACUGUUACAAUACUUUCUCUAUAAGUUGUCUUUUUCCCUUUUUUUUUUCUUUAGAACCUUACACUCCAACAGGAAACUUUGAGGUGGACUUCUGUGAAUUAUGUUCAAGAGCAGGUUUUCCAACAAUGCAAGUUGUGCCACGGCCUCAUCGUCCACCAACACCUAAUGUCAUACCCCAAGACAACACCCCUGUAGGAAAACUGGAUAAAAAAGAUGGUAAACCCUAUUUGACUGUCUGUUGAGAAGGGAUGAUUGGUCAAACCCAGUUUGUUUUAACCCUCUACACCCUAACAUAAGUAUGCACAUUCUUCAUACUGUUCUCUACACAUAUCCAAAGGUGCUGAAGUGAAGAAUUUGUUUUAAACUUUAUCCCUCAGAGUGAGACUAGUCGUUAAUUUCUCCUUAUGGCUGAAUUCAAUGGGAGAAUACAGGAAACGAUUGCCCACAGAUCAAGCUCUUGAUUUUUAAAUAUAUUUUCCUUAGCUUAUUUGUCAAUAUCAUAAAAAUUGUGUAGGAAACUGUAUACUUAGAAAACUGUGUGAAUACUGAUAUUGGGGUGAAAAGGGUUUACAAUCAAGAGUUGAUGAUCAUUUUGUUUAUUUGUGUGACCUUAACGUGUGAUUCAGAGGUGUUACUGUAAGGAGAAAUAAGAUGUAAGGCACACUUAUGGGUCAAAGGUUUGAUUAGUUAUUGUUGAAGUAAUUUAAUUGAUAUGACCAUGGUUAUUUUUUACAACAGAAAAGAAAGAUGAAAGCAGUAAAACAGAAGAAACAGGGAAAGUUGAUGGAAAUGAAAAUGAAGAACCACCAACAACAUUUAAUGUGAAGGAAAAAUACCAUUACUUCAAACCCAGAGUGGAGGUUGAAACUGAAGAGGAGGGGAAUAAGUCACAUAUCAAGGAGAUUUACAUUCGAGGUGAUCUAUUCCUUGGGAUAAAUUUUUAAUUAAAAGAUACAAAUCUGUUAAAGGCCAAUUCUUCACCCAGAUUCCUUCCUUUGACUUUGCUUUUUGUGUGAAAGAUUUAAACAAAGAUCAGAUGCAAUCAUCAAUUUAAUAUAUUAUAUCAUGUUGUUUCUUUUAUUACAAUCUAUUUUGUUUUUGUUUAUACAGGUUGGAAAAUAGAUGACAGAAUCUUAAAUGUUUUGACUGUUACUUUACCACCACUGGAAAAGUUGACCACAAUUGAGUGAGUCAAUUUUCUAAAAUCUUAUUGUCUUGUAUAUCUUUGUGAAUUUAUGUCUAAUGGAAAAGGAUGUUUUUAAUCACAUUGUGAGCAGCUAUGUAUUAAAGGAAUCAAAGAUAUUGUUUACGCAAGAAAAGGGUUCAAACCCUAACGUGCAGACACCAACAUUGCCAUCAUUUUAUUGUAACAGUUUUAGAUGCCAAUGUGGCUGACAUCAUGCCACCUGAAAAUGAUAUACACUGCUUAAUUGAUGCUUGAUUUGUACUUUUAAAUAGGUGCUCACUUGUAAUACAACAUGUGAAUACCCUUUUAGGACUGAAAAUAAUAACUAUACAAAUUUUUAUACAGUAGCUUAGUUUUUCAUACCUUAUUUUUAAAGGAAUUGAACUGAUUGAGAAAAUUUUGUCAAUUCGCCCUAUUGAAAUGAUCUACAAAAUGCUCUUGUGCACUUAACGUCAGAUAUAGAUUGUAACUCUGUAAAUGGCUGCAUCAUUGUUUUACUGGGUAAUAUUUUCUUGACUAUAGUUUCUGGAACACUGGCCUUCAGGAUAAUGGUUUGAACACUUUAGCUACUCAUAUUAUCACCCAUCUUCCCAGUCUCAGGUACAAAUGUCCAUGCUUUGAAUUCAUUAAUAUCCUUACUAAGUGUACUUUUACCCUUUCACUGCCAAGAUCUCAUUAGUUUCCUUAAUUUGUCUGACAUAAAAAAUCCUAUGAUGUUAGUUUGGACAAUUUGGUAUACCUUAAUUUAUUUAUUUUCUUUUUUAUUGUCACUUUUCUGCCUGAUAUUGUCUCAGUAGUUAAAGGGUCAAUAAAACAGUUAUGUCUUAUCAAAGUGUGUUACAAGUGUGUUACAAGUGACAUGGUAAUGAAGGUAUUCGCAAUUUCUGCACUUAACAUGAUAUAUCAUUUUUAUUAAUUAUUUAUCCUUUCUUAACUUUUAAACAUACUUCAAAGUUUCAACUUUAUUUUUCACCUUACUAUACUUCAAAUUUUAAGUUCUCUUACCUUGAGGGGUUGAGUUUGUGUCAAACAAAACUUUGUCAUUAAAGUUCAAAGGCCUGACAUGAUUUGAAUUAUUUGAUAGUGAGGAAUUUGUAUACUCAAGGGUUUUGACAGGAACUAUAUGGUCUUUUCCUUUCUUUAAGAGCUGUUUUCUACUGGUAAAACCUGAAAAAAAGAGAAAAAGAUGGCAUUUGUCACAAGUCUGAGAUAAUACUAAAACUCUUUUCUUUCCAUACUGAUAGAACAUUGUGUCUGGACAACAAUCCCGUAACACUUCAAAGAUAUGGAAUCUUCCUUGGUGAAGAAAGCACGUAAGUUUGUUAAAUCUGUGUCAUGGUAAUUAACAAGUAUUUAGUCUUAUAAUAUUUUUAUGGCUACAGUCACAGAAGAUGUAGUUAGGAUUAAAUUAAUUUAUUUAAGUUAAUAUUUUUCCUUAUGGGUUAUGCGCCAAUCAAUUUUAAGCCUUAACAUCCCUCUCCCCCUUGGGGCAACCCACGGGCGUUUGAGUGUAGUCUAUGCCCUGGUGGUGGGGAAUUUGAACCUUGCCGAUUUGAACCUGAUGCCUAGGUGGGUGGGAAACUUGAAUCAAUUGUCAAGUCUUUCUAGCAGAAUACAUGUGUUUUAAUCUUUUAAUAUAGAGGUUUUGAAAGGAAAAGAGUUCAUGUCUGUGAGUGAAAUGCUUAGUCAUGAUCAAGGUUUUAAAUCUUGGUGUAUGAGUUGAAAGUAAUGAUUGCUGAUUUUGCCUUCUGCAAAGAUAGACCAUGAAAUCUGGCACUUGGGUUGGGCAUUUAAAUACAAUUUUGGCCCAGAAGGGUGGGAAUUUGAACAAACCAAUCUUUAAAAGAUCAAAUGCCAUGGGGUUGCCUGGUAAGUGGGGUGGUGAUGUUGAAGCCUUGAAUUGAUUCUUGUAUUAUGAUCGAUGUACAACAUAAGUGAAUGAAUGGCAAUUAUUAUUUCCACACACGGGCUGUGUAAUGAACAAACAAUUAACCCUUUGACUCCAAAGUGUGACUAGUGUCUGAUUUCUUCUUACAAUAUUACCCCUCCUGGAUCAAAUGUUAAGGUCACACAAAUAGAGGAAAUUAUCACAUUUACUGGAAAAGUGCUCAUUGGGAGCUCUUGAUUGCUAUAAAAAAUCUCCAUGUGGGCAUUAAGUGAGCAGUGUGGAGGAUUUGCAUGGUUUACGGUCAACUCGCCGACGGACCAACUCGCCGACACCAACUCGCCGACGUAUAAAAUCGAGUAGAGACGUCGGCGAGUUGGUCGUCAAUCCAAUACAACUUAUUAGAAGCUAAACAUACAGAAAAUUAAACGAUAUUUAGUAAAAAAACAUUGGACAUUGGUGAACAUCAAACAGAAGCUUAAACAUCGGUGAACAUUGGUGAACAUCACCAAUGACUAUAACAGCUUAAGACGCGAACGAGUUAUUGUGCGACAACAACACCGUAAAGACUCAUCAUGUCAAUCGCUCAGAUUUUUUAACGAAAACGUGGCUUUCUAGACGAGAUCUUUAGUAAAAAGCAUUUCUUUUUAUUUGCAACAAAGUUUAUAAGGAUCUUAAGGCGAAUAAAGCGAAGUAAACCUCACCAACGACUCUAACAGCUUCAGACGCGAACGAGUUAUUGUGUGACAACAACACCGUAAAGACUCAUCAUGUCAAUCGCUCAGUUUUUUUUUUAACGAAAACUUGGCUUUCUAGACAAGAUCUUUAGUAAAAAGCAUUUCUUUUUAUUUGCAACAAAGUUUAUAAGGACCAUAAGGCGAAUAAAGCGAAGUAAACCUCACCAAUGACUCUAACAGCUUCAGACGCGAACGAGUUAUUGUGUGACAACCAUAGCAACCACGCGGAACCACAUGAACCAUGUUUUUUUUUUUUUUUUAACUUUAAAGAAAGAUUUAUUCAUGAUCGAGAACGUUUGAUUUACGAUAAAAACGAUAAAAUUCCAUUUAUUAUAAAGAUCAGAUGAACAUGUGAAAGUAAUGUAUAUCAUGCAAUUACUCUGCUCUUGUAGGUCCGUUUAAUCUCGACAUCGAUUUCAAUAAUUGGGCCGCUGUUCUUUCACCAUUUUCAUAUUUCUCCCAUAAUCCAAACACCUUACUCUGUAAUUGCCUAAUAAAAAGAAAUGCUUUUUACUAAAGAUCUUGUCUAGAAAGCCAAGUUUUCGUUAAAAAAACUGAGCGAUUGACAUGCUGAGUUUUAACGGUGUUGUUGUCACACAAUAACUCGUUCGCGUCUGAAGCUGUUAGAGUUGUUGGUGAGGUUUACUUCGCUUUAUUCGCCUUAAGAUCCUUAUAAACUUUGUUGCAAAUAAAAACAAUUGCAUUUUACUAAAGAUCUUGUCUAGAAAGCCAAGUUUUCGUUAAAAAAUCUGAGCGAUUGACAAGAUGAGUCUUUACGGUGUUGUUGUCGCACAAUAACUCGUUCGUUAUAGUCAUUGGUGAUGUUCACCAAUGUUCACCGAUGUUUAAGCUUCUGUUUGAUGUUCACCAAUGUUCGCCAGUGUUUUUUUACUAAAUAUCGUUUACUUCUCUGUAUGUUUAACUUCUAAUAAGUUGUAUUGGAUUGACGACCAACUCGCCGACGUCUCUACUCGAUUUUAUACGUCGGCGAGUUGGCGUCGGCGAGUUGGUCCGUCGGCGAGUUGACUGGUUACCAUUUGCAUACUGAUGUUAGGGAGUAAAGGGGUUUAUUACUGUAUGAGCCUAACAAGUAGGAAGCCAUUAUAGCAGGGGAAGGAAAUUUCACAUGAUCAUUCAGUAGCCAGGGGGAGGUGGGGGGGGGGGUGGGUAGGGGUAUAGAAAGAUCACUUAUGCAACAAAGAAUUACUUUAAGUUAGCUAAAUAUUAAAAAGUACUUUUAAUUAUCAAUUUAAUACUUAAAUCUUUAAGAUGGGGAGGGUGAAGGCUGUCAGCAUAGGAAAAUCAUGUAAUUUAUGGGUUAUUGAUUUAUUUACACUGGUCAACAAACUGCAGCUGUAGAUGUAAACUUAUCUAGUAAUUUAAUUACAUAGUCAUACAUGCAUGUGUUGUUUGCAUGUCAUUGAAAAUAAGAGUGGAGAAGAUAAACUUUUGGCCAAUACUUGGCCCACAGCAAGCCAACUGUCAGCAGACUGUUGGCCAACAGGUUUUUUCAGGGAGUUGUUCCUCACAGUUACCCAAUAUUUUAAACUGUAAAUUUCAGUGCCCAGUACAAAUGUUCAAUGCAAGACAGUUUACCUAUUGACAACUGAAUCAUUUAAUUUUUGGGUAUAUAUCAAUUUUAUGAUCUUAUUAAAAAAUUUAGAGUACAGAACUUGUCCUUGAGGAACUGUUAUGUCAAUGAUAUGGGGGCGAAGAUGAUUGGGAGAGCAUUGACAGCCAACAAGUCACUGACAACCUUGAACUUAUGCUAUAACAAAAUAAGUUGUGAAGGAGCCUCCUGGAUAGCAAAGGUAAACAAAGAUGACUGUGUCUGGGUUAAGCUAUGAUUUGUGCCUGAAAUUAGGGGCUGAGAAGUUUAAUUUGCAGGUAAUCAUGCCCUUACAAAAUUAUUUUGUUGUGUUUUGGGGGAAAAAAUCUGCUUCCCCCCACCUCAAUGAUUAUCUUCAGAGUGGAAUACAAACCAAACUGUAACAAAAUGCUGGAGGGGAGUAACUGGGGUAAACAAGCUUUCCAUCCAGGAGGAGUGGGGAUUCUGUAAGGAGAUUUGUGCUAUGGAAACUGGUUUGAAUGCAGCUUUGUAAGUCAGUAUAGUAUUAAGCUGUUAUACCUGAAAGGGAACAUUUGAUAGGCAAGUUACCAAUACUUUGAUAAAAAGAAAAAGUUGAUGGAGUCAGCACACUGGAACAGAAUUCAACUGCAUGCAAAAUUACUAUAAUUACAAUGAAGUCAAUAUGGUCUAAUCAAACAUUUUACUUGCUUUAUCAGGGAUUAAGAAUGAACAGAACCCUACUGUCUCUUAAUCUUGGAAGCAAUCUUAUUGGUGACAAUGGAGCCUCUAAAUUGGCAGAGGUGGGUAUAGAGAGAAAUCCCUUGCAUCCUUGACUGUUUCUAGCUUAUGACAGAAUUAAGAUCACGAUACCUGGAUGAUGCUAGCCUAAGGAGGAUAUUAAAACUUGCUGAUAAACUGUAAGCAAGCCAGUGUACAUGUACCUACUGUGCAAGGUGCAUGUGCCUGUCAGCAAAGUCAACAAUCAAAUAUGUCCUCCACACCAGUCAGGGUGUUGGUUGGGGUGCAUGUAUAUGGAUGGGGUAAUUCCACUUAUGCCCCCACCUCCCCCACCCCCUUGUGUAGUAAAUACACAGACCAUUUCCCCUCUUUUUCAAGCCAAAAUUCAUCAAUGAUACUAUUCACAUUGUCCAAUAUUACACUUUCCAACAUCAUUUUUAGGUUACUAUUCAUGUAAAAAUCUCAGAGACUUUCCAUCUAAAUAUCUUUUGUGAUAUUGACUACUGAAGCAUAGAACAUCUUGAUGAGAUGCUUCUUAACAUCAAAUGCACCAGUGAAUGUUAAUUAUAAGCUGCUUUUAACUUUUUUAAACCGCAAUGAUCAGCCUGGUCAUCUCUUACUUAAAGAAAUGCUUAUAAAUAGGCUAUAUUUAUUUGCUGCUAAUACUUUCUCAGGCAGCUAAUUUUAUGUUUUUUUACUUUAUAGGUGCUUUCAAGCUUUGCUCUCACUCAUGAGGAAGUUGUGGCAAGGAGACUUCUCAUCUCUAAAAAAUCUCCUGAAGAAGUAAGUGCCUAGUUAGUGUAGUCAGAGUUGUGUGUCAGUCAUAUGUAGUAGCCUCAGUGAUAUCCCUAGCUAGCUGUUUAAUCAUGACCGUUACUAUUUCCGAAAAUGAGAUUGGUGCAGAAGCUGCUUUAUUUUCCAUUAAUUAGUCUGUACUGCUAUAAUCAGGCAGUGUAAGCGGACAGUUAGCUGUUAUUGGACACCUGUAAUCGGACAUUUGAAGCAGUCAAUUAUACUAGGUCCUCUCAGCUAAAUCCACCAAUCACAGAUUUGAUCACAAUAACCAUAGCAACAACCCCUUAUCUUAAAAAAUAUUGGGGAAUUUCCAAAAUGGAUGAAGUUUUUACCCUAGACAUUGUCUCUCCUGGAGAUGUUUGUCCUAAAUGUUUUUCUCUUUUGGAAAUUGUAAUGGUUAUGAUUAAUUGUAAACAGGACCUCCUGUCGUCCAAACCUGUCUGAAAUCGUACUCGUGAUUAACAAAUCGGACUCUAGCUUAGCGUUUGUCUGAUUUUGUUAAUCACUCGUAUGAUUAAAGACCGAAUUGGACCCCACUCGGUCCAAUCUAUUAUCAUUAUUUAUUGACCAUUUGCAGGCAGGUAGUCCUUCCAGAAAUUUGAAUGCUCCAACUGGUGGUUCAAAGGACAGGCCAGCCAGUGUUCGCAGUGGGUAAGUUCAUCAGAUACAUGUAGAUUAUUGAGGAAUUUAUCAAAACUAUAACAAGGUUCUCGAACGUGAUUGGUUAUCACCAACCCGAUUUGAGCACUUAUAGGACAGUGUACGCGUUAUGCUUGUAAUUGGACAGGAUAAUGGGACAGUUGAUACGUCAUGCUUGUGUAAGUAGACAAGACGCGUCUCUUGGACGCGCUGUUGUCGCGCAUUUCGCCGAGUUAACUGUCUUUUUGUUUUGUUUUGUUUUUUUUGUUAAUCACUCGUUUGAUUUCAGACCGAAUCGAACUCCUUUCUUUGUUAUUACCAUUAUUAAUCACAGAUCUGAAGGCUGUUACUCAAUUUGAGGAUAAGACGUGGUGGUUUAUUGAUUUAAUUAGUGUGCGGACUGUAAUAAGCUUUGAUUGACAGUUACACCCUUUUACUCUCACUGACAUGUAUUGUCUCCUCUCAAAUAUUGGUAAACUGUCAAGCGACUGUUUAUUGAUAGUGAGAGCCACAAAAAAUUAACUGAAGGAGUUGUUUGAUUUGAAACUAAAAUCUUGGAGCUAAGGUCUACAAGAAAUAUGUGAAGACAACGAGGAUUUAACUACUUAUUCGUCGUCUUCCUUCAGUACACAUAUCUCCAAGGAAGACAAAAAGAGCCGAGAGAAAAGGGACUCUCAGAAGAAGAAGGUGAGGUUUAAAUUUUGCGCAAAGCUGUAGAUCGACGGAAGGGCUUCAAUUUAGGUUGUAGUGUUUUAUUUGACUUUUCUAAGUACUUUGCAAAUAGUUAAUACAGGCCUUGAGUGAGGUAACAACUGAGUUUUGCUCGUGACCUGUGAAGACGAUGUUGUGUGAACAAGGUCAAUUAAGAAAAUCAAAACAACAUGAACGUCGAUUUUUAGGAAUACGGAGAAUCAUUUACCUCCGCUUUCUUUAAUAUCCCGCUAACCUACUAAUCUAAAUUUCCAUGUCGGUUCACAAUAACUCCCCUACAUCAUCAAUGCCGUUCAAAUUUUCUCUUCUAGCCUUCUCGUCAGUCCUCACGACUUGCAGUAACAUUUGCAACAGCAUCAACAAAACUUACUGUUAGUAAUCGCAACAUAAUCUGCCUAUCUCGUGUAGUACGCACGCAGUGCCCCUCAUUUUUGUCCAAAAGAGAAUAGUAGUCGCCCGACUGAAUGUCGGAACAGCAGACAUUCUAGGAGGUUAAAUAAUAGUAUCCUCUCCAGGGGGACUGACAAUGAUUCAAAAUUUCUUUUUCUGCACCGGAUAUACAAUAAGGCUUGUAUGCACACUUAUCACUUCAGAAUCUAUGAAAAUUUUAUUUUUUAUUAUCAUUUUCUGUGUUGUUAUUUAAGUUAAAAAAGAAACAAAUAACUGAUUAUUUUAAGACUAGAUGUAAAAAUUAACCCAGAAAGGAGAACCGUCGUCAUUCCUACGAAAUCUCGCGAGCGUAAAGAAAAAUAUCUGUGCACCUAUGAAUUAUCGAGUAUUUUCAUGCCAUCUCAUUCCAGUCUCGCUUACGAGAUCUCCAAAGGUGGAGACAUUUUACCGAUAUUGUAAUUAGUUAAUCGAUUAUCUGGUUCAUUGAGAAGCUGGCACAAAGGUAAAAGGUCAACCGUGGGUUGAUCAUUUAGCAAUGAGAUUACGAGUUCGAGAUUUUUGUCGCGUGAUAGAUGAUGAUGGAGAGGUGUUAAUCUUAAUAUGUCCUCGCCCAGACAAGGAAGUGGCGAUAUCUGGAAGAAAAGUUCAACGAUCGCACCAAUGACACUUAAAACUAGUCUUUUAACAAUUUUUAUUUAUACGUCACAAUCUUUCAUUGAAGUAAUUUGCUACGGUGAGAAGAAAAUAAAACUUGAUCAUAAGAACUACACAGAUUAUUACUUCGAUAAAAUAGCAGGCAUAUAAAUGGACAAAGUAAAGGAUGCCACACAGCCAGUCAAUUAGCUCCGUUUACGUCUUUUCUCGUCAAAUGUAACAUCUAAAGUAUUCAAUAUGCUGUUUGUUUUGCAGGAUACCAAAAAACAAGAAACGGAAAAGGCGAAGAAAAGUAAGUAGAACUGGGAACUAAUGUUUCUAAACGUGUUCUUAGGCUCCCGCCGAAAGUAAAAAAGAAAACAAAAGGAAAAAAAAGACAUUAAACAAUAAAUUAAAAAUCACUUUUGUGAUUUUCACUUAGUUGCCUCUACUGAAACCGUCAACAAGGGUGUUGGUAAAGGGAAAAAAGUUAACACAACCAAAGGCGAUAAGAAAGUGCAGCAACCUGAACAAGAGGUAAGUACUUUGCAGUUGUUUCUCCAUGUGUCUCCCAGCAAUAUAUUCUGUUGAAUCAAGAUAGGAUUACAUCAUCAUCUCUUGGUUGAUUAGAAUGAAUUGGAAUGGUUAUAUUUUUUUCACUUGCAGCAACCGGAAGUUGUAGAGUUCCCUAAUCCACUCCUGGAAAACCCCAUCAAGGAAGAGAGUGGUGAAAUUAUUAUCCCUGGAAACAGAGCUCUUAUUAACUUGAACUUAUCGCGUAAGUUUUUCUACUCAUACGCGAUUAAAGAAAAUUCUGACAGAAAGUGGUUUGCCAUGUUGAGGAUAUCCUCCAUGUUCUUUUCUUGGUCAUUUACUAUUGAUUUAUCUUUAUUCCACAUUCCAGGGAAUAAAUGCGGUGAAAUCGGAGUGGAGGCUUUUCUUAUUUCUGUACAAAGACAAGCAGAAGUGACGUCCUCAGUUGCAAAACCAACAGGACUUAUGAGGCUAUCACUCAGUGUGAGUAACACAGCAUUGUUUAGCUUAUGACACGAGUUUCGACAGUAUGUGAUAUUAUUCAGAACUUGGAGCAAAGGCAUGAAAUUUAUCUUAACUUCGGUACGAGACGCGGUGGCCUCAUGGUGAGACUCAGGUUCGAGAGGUCUGGGUUCUAGACUUCUGGCUGGGUAGCCUUGCAAUGUACUAGCAUCCCAUUCGGGGGGGUUGUAAUACCUUUAGUCGCCAGGACAAAGUCCGGUUUGGUGGGCUACUUGACUCGUGUACAGAAAAAACUUACAACUGCAGAACUUCAAAGCAGGGGAUACGCAAUAACUUGUUUUUCAUUCAGUCAACUUUUAAAACCGUGCAGUUUGUAGCAGCUACAUGAAUGGAUUUUCAUGAAAAACGGAAGAAAGAAAAUACAAGAACUCGCCACACUUUUAGUUCUCAGUUGAUCUUUAACCCGUACUCUUUCCAUUCGUUUACUAACUCUCAGCCAUGUCUCAUUUUACAGAGAAACCUUUUCCCUCCAGAAAACGGUUCUUAUCAAAGAUUGAUGGAAUUAAUGCAGACUCGCGAUCCAUUUUACAAGCCUCCUCAGCCGAGCCCUGUGGAUGAAACUGGCGCUUCCACAAAGGUAGGUAAAACUUGCUUGCAGAGUUAA